AACGUUGGACAAAUUGCCCGGACUACAGGUCUGCGAACAGGUGCCUGAUAACUGAAGAUUAUAAUUUAGGACAAACUCAACGUGUUCGUGUUAUCUCAUCCAAUGACUUGGGAGACAACGCUGUAACGAAAUCAUCAUUUAAUCCUGAUACUGCAACUAUUCCUCUGCCUCCAAGUAGGCUCACUCUAACUUCAAGGAGCUCGACUGUUCUCCAGGCCUCCUGGGAGUUACCGUUAGAUUGGGCAGAAGGGUUUCAUAAACUGCUCAGAUAUCGUCUUCGUUGGGCCUCACAAGAUGACCCUAAGAACUGGUUGGGGCCGAUGCUCUGCCCACCAUCGCCCUGUGAUAUCGGUACACUGGAGCCUUACACUAACUAUUUGGUGGAAGUGGCCAGUCGGUAUGAAUUUCACACGACAAGAGCUUGGGGGGACUGGUCCGACCCCGUAGAGGGCAGAACUGAUGAGGCAGUUCCUACUGGAAGAGUGAAGAACCUACGAACCUUAGACCUGAACGGAACAAGUGAUGACGAAAGAAAUGUCUCCAUUUCAUGGCAGACGAUGUCAAAGCGUGAGCAGAGAGGCCCUAUACUUGGCUAUUCUGUCACAGUUAUCCCUCAUUCACAUUGUUUAGAUCAGCAAAUCUUCAACGAAACGGUCAACAGUACUCAAGUCAUCACAGAAGGACUGAAGAGGUUCUGUUCCUACGGUGUAAACAUUACAGCAUUCAACAGCAAAGGGCCUGGACCUUCUCUGAACAAGGAGAUCCAGGAUAUGACAACAAAUCCAUUGCCACCCAGUGGUGUUGAGGCGGAGACACUAUCACACCAGUCUGUUUUGGUGACCUGGGAUAAACCAACAUCUAUCCAGGGUUACAUUAGUCAUUACACUGUCCAUUGGAUACAAGCUAGAGGUCAAGAUCAAGGGCAAUCCAAAGAAGUUCCUUCAUCCAACCUGUCCUACGUAGUCGAUGGUCUGGACGGCUACGUCCUCUACAGCUUCAAGGUCUCUGUCACCAAUAAGAUAGGGGUCAGUGGUUGGUCUAAUGAGGAACGGGCUACAACAGAAGAAUGGAUUCCUGAAGCAUCACCAAGGAACGUAAAUGUUGAGCCAAUCACGAACAACCCGAACGGCCUCUUGGUGAACUGGAUAGAUGUAUCUGAAGAGGAGGCACAUGGGCAAGUGAUGGGUCACCACCUACACAGUUGUCGUGUAGCGGAAGAGAGUCUUUCACGUCCGUUGUGUCAGCUGAACAUCUCAGACUGUCUUGUGAAGCGACAAAUUACGACAUUUCCAACGACUACCCAGAAGCCAGUGACGCUGACUGGUGUGAAUCCUUUCUCACACUAUGUCAUCUGGAUAUCUGCAUUCACUCGUAUUGGAGAAGGGCCAACAAACAGAUGUCCAUCUUCAGGACAUACAAGUGAAGGAACACCAAGCCAGCCACUGAAUGUAAGCAUUACAGGUUCAAAUGCUUCAUCAAUAGCACUAACCUGGUCACCCCCUCUCUUGAAAAAUGGAAUCAUCCGAAAUUACUCAGUCCUAGUGAGGAGCCAUGCUUCCACAGAUCAGCAGGAAUUCUAUGCUGGGGGAGUCCAGAGUUAUCUGGUGGAGGGACUGUAUGGCUAUGUCCACUAUUCCCUUCGAGUGAGAGCCUGUACCAUCAAGUGUGGAGCUGCCUCUGAUGAAGUAUACCAGAAAACAGAAAUAGGUGUUCCUCAACAGCCCGGAAACUUGAACGUCCGACCAUUAUUAUAUCCCAACAAAGUCAAAGUGAGCUGGGAGUCACCUGUCCAUCCCAAUGGCCCAAUUGACCACUAUUUGGUUUCCUACAGCCACAUAGAACCAUCAACUCCCAAGCCUGUCACCCAUGUCAGGUCAUCACUGACCACCACCCUUGCCAACAGCAUGGAUGACUGGCUCAAGACAACAGAGCAAACUAUGGAAGUGGAGGUAGACUGUAGCCAGGCUCCAUUCUUGUUUCAAGUGGUUGCUGUGAAUGACAUCAAUGGUUCAACAUCAGUUGGAGAAGCUAAUCAGGCUGUGCUGUCAGAAUGCAUUGAAAUUGAUAAAACCCUGUCACCCCUGAUAUGGCUGAUACUGCUGCCUGGGGGCGCCAUUCUCCUCGUUUCCCUGUUGACUGGUCUUUACUAUGCUCAGAACAAGCUAGGCAGGUCUUGGCCAGACCCUGUUUACACAGACAUGGUGAAAAAUAAAAAGGACCUGCAGCCAGUACUGAAACGAAAGGUAGCUGAAAAGGAAGUUUUUGACACCAUUAAGGUCGUCUGUCCGUCUGCCUUCAAUGAGGUUUCUGUAACAGAGGAAAUUCCUUCCCGACCGGUAACAUCUAACCGAAGCCCAACGGAGACGCCCAUGGUGGACCCACUAACCGACUCCCUCGACAACAACAGUGAGAUUGGGAACGAGCAAACGACCCUAAGAACUGUUAGCAUUGAUAGCGGUUUACCCCUAACACCACAGGAUCUGCAAGACUUUACCAGUCCCGAAGACAUCUCCGACUCGGAAAACUGUAAGACUUCCUCUGAGAUGAUGCCGGAGACAUACUCCGUUGGAGGUCCUAAGGGUAUUGUAUGCCAUAACAGUUUAGGGGGAAAAGAAAGGCAUUUCUCCAUGAAGAAUGUGUCUGUUCCUAUGAAUUCAGGGCUAGAAUCAAUUCAUCAAGUAGGCCACCAACUUCCAGGAUCUUCCAAGCGGAUUUUGACCAGCAAUUAUGUCAGCAAAGAGACCCUGGCAUGUUCCAAUGUUGGCAGAUAUUCUGACCGUCCUGGAAAGGAGAGCAUUCUGAGUAGCUCUUCGCAUGUUGCCUUGGUUGAGCAACCCUCUUCUAAGCCAUGUGUCAAGUCAGAAGGCACCGGCUACGUCAAGCUUGGAGAAUUCUCACUAGGUAACAAACACCAUGAGGAUACACGAAAAGAUGACAAGGUGGAGUCAUCUUGGAGUGGCAUGACCCCAUCACCCCCAUCUUCUUGUCUCUCUGAUUAUGUAAGAGGAGAAGACUUACAUAAGGUGUUUGAAAGCAAGAACAAGCUGUCUGAGUCUUCAGGUUCUUCUGACUUGCCAACCUGCAUCCCAGGAGAGAUGAGGAAAGCGGAGUUCCGAGAUUUGCCGGAAAUCAUCUUUGAUAGGAUGAAAGCAGAAACCUCUAUAGGAAGAGUGGCGAGGCCCGGGACCGAUUCAUCCUCAUCCUCGUCAGGUUAUGGCACGGACUAUCAAGGACAGGAUUCUGGUUACGUGCUAUCCUCUGCUCAAUCCAUGCAAAAGUCUGACAAUAACUCUAUUAAGGCUAUCACAUUGUCAGAGUCAAAACUAGAUGUCAAGUCUGAUAGAUCUGUUCAUAUACAAGGAAUGUGUGACUGUUCCAUAUGUGUGAGUGGUAUUUGUAAAGGCAGUGACACAGUACAGUACAUCAGAAAUGAUGGUUUGGGGAAUCGGUGUAUGAAUGAGCACCCUUGUUCCAGAGAGGCUAACGUUGGUGUUGGGUUUCCAAAGUCUGUAAUCCAAAGUAGUGGCCCUCGAGAAGGAUGCAAGAUCAACCCUGGAUAUGUUUUCCACAGUGAAUUACUAAGAGCAGGUACCGCAGGCAGGAGUAAAUCUAGCAUAGGAAGAAUCUCCCCCUCAAUGCCCAACGGUCAUUCAAAGUUAAACGGAUAUCAGCUUCCUGAUAAGGCUAGUCAGGAACUCAAUAAGGACAGAAAUGGGCUUCAGUUGGCUAAAGGAGAUGACGGAUACGUACCUUUUAGUGGAGAUUCUGGAUAUGUUCUUCGAGUUAUGGAUGGAAGUCAGAAGACAGAGGAAUACGUGCCUAUGUCUCCCAUUACAAAAACUAUGAUGGAAGAAGGUUGUUUUUGAUAAUUUGUUUACUUUUUCGGCAAGCUAUGGGCACAUCCCUCCUUAUUUGAUUGAAAUAAACUUGAAAACAGUUCAGUAUCUAAUUAUAUAAAGUGGGAGCCCAAAUAAAGAGUUUUACUAGGUGAAGUCUUGUUAUGGUGUUUUGGUUUAUUCUUCAGUACUACAGACUGCUCUUUGCAGGAAUUUAAAAUCUUAUAAAUCUUUACUAAUCACAGAACGGAAAGUGGACGAGUCCAAAAUAAUAGAAUAGCCAGAGAGAGAAGGAGAACCAAUAGAAAUGAUUGAGAGGUGAAUAAAGAAGAAGGAAUCUUGGUCCAGAAUAAUAACAAAGGAAGACAAAAAGAGGCAAUAGUUGAGUAUGGAGACUAAUUAAGGAAAUGGAGAUGAGCCAGUGUAUGGAAAGCUAAUUGUGACAAUGAAUAAACCACAUAAGAAAUGUGACAAAAAUUGCUUGACUGUAUAUACAGCACUAAUCGCAUAGUCUCACAAUAAUGUGCACGCGUAGUUUUAUAGCUUCACCACAUACUAUAUGUAUGUACCACAUCACAACUCGUAAAUGACCAAGUUACAAAUCUGCACAGUACUGCAUGCUGUAAUCUGGAGUAAUAAUUGUAAAACUGAAAUGUUAAGCUAUCUUAAGUGUUCAUGUCCUUCUAUCGAAUUUCGCAUAAUUUAUCUGCAUUAUUUAUAAAUGAUGUAAACGGGUGAAAUUUAAUUUUGCAGAAUUAUACACCUAUUUUUUUAUUGAGGUUUGAGGCUACAUUGCGUACAAACGUUUCAUAUAUACGACUCAUGUUCAACGUAGAUGUCAUUUUUGAAUUUGUAUCAAUUUUAAUAUUGAUUAUACAUGUAAAUUACUUAUUCAUUAAAAAGGACCAUGUCAUUGCAAAGUCACAAUCUGCAACAUAAUAAUUGUAAAUUGAUUUGAAAAUAAGGAUAUAUUUGGUGUAACUGUAUACAUUCUUCACUAAAGGUAAACAAAAAAAUGUUAAAAAAGGGGCUUACUAAUCAUCAAAUAAUGAAUUUUUCCUCGCAUAUUUUGUUGCUCUUAAAGGGCGUAAUAUUGCAAUAAAAUACCUCACUGUUAUCAGAGAGGCUGUUUCAAGUUUAAUUAUUUAUCUAUUUGAAAUUAAAGUUACUAAAUUAAUGUAAAUAAUCAUUAUUCGAAGAUUUACGUAUGCCCUAUUUAUUUAUUGCAAGCGUUAUAAACUAUUAUGCUACUGAUAUAUUCAUUGUCUGUUACAUUUUAGAAUGGACAUACAUAAACAUGUAAAUACUCUGUGCAGUAUAAGAGUGCAAUCUUGUUUAUAUACAGUUUGAAUAAUGUUUUUCUUUGCAAUAAUCCACUUUAAUAAAAAUGCAUGCAGAUGUUAUACAUUUACAUAUAAUUACAGGUGUCCCAACUAAUCAUAUGGUGAUGUUUUGUGUAUCAGUUGUGACCACAUCUUAAGGAGGAGCGAUGGCUCAGUGGUUGAGCAGUGGGUUUGAAACCGAGUCAAUGAACUCGUGCCCUUUGGUAAGGCGUUAAUCCUCAAUACCAAAUCCCUCGGAUGGGACUUAAAGCCGUCAGUUCCCUGGUUGUAUACUUGCAAGCAUUUACAUGGUUUCUUAGCAGUCAGAUAAAGCAAUCAUCGAUCAUCAUACUCGCCUGCAGAUUCUUGUUUCACCGCGACAUCCUUCCUCUCCGCUCCUCGCUUACCUAUUUUCAAAUACAUUAUCCUCCCUUUUUCCCCUAUUUUUCUCAUCACAUUCAUGUAUGUUGACCCCAGCAUAUUCCUCCCCCUCUCCCUUUCCCCACUCUUUUGUUUAGUUUAUCUCUCGCUCUUUCUUUCUCCUGUCUCUCUUCUAUCUAUUCAUGUCUCAUAUCUCUAACUCCUCUUUUAACUUUCUUUGAUUCUUUGUUUCCCUUUUCACCUGACAACUAUCUUCAGCUCUGCAAAAAUGAUUAUCUGUGUAAUAAUAAUCAGUUUAAGUUAUUGUAGAUCGUUAAUUAAUUCUAAUUUUCUAUUUUGCAGUUUUUAAUGCACUGUACUGUAAGUAUGAGAUCUAUGUAUCUGUGUUACCUUUGUCCAUAUAGGGUAGUACAUCAUGUAUAUACAUGUAUACACGGUAUGACUAUGAAUACAUAUACAUAUGUAUACGUCUUGUGAAUGUGUUCGAUUCACCAUGAUUGACAUGUAAUUAGUAUUGGCAAAAAGAAUCAUUUUUGUGCGAUUUAAUAACAAAAAUUCACCUUGACUUUUAUCACGCCUAGCUAAAAAUAUUUUGUGUUUUGCAUUUAACACUUGUGUUAAAAUGUGCAGGUUGUGUAAUAUUAAAUUUUCGCCAACACACUA